AGAAGAUUCACUUCCGCUUCCGCUCUUAGAAACUGAAACACAACAGCAGCAUUGACGAACAGCGAGCAGAGCAGGAAAAUAAAUCCACACAAGCAUUGAUACGAUGGAUGUAGAAGAGCAACUUCAGGACCUUAAUGAAGUAGUGGAGAAACAACAGGAACCUCAUGAUGUCAUCACUGAAGAAAAAUCUCCUGAUUGUUUACAAAUAUCAACUAAAAUAAAAGGAACCAAACAUUCAGUCGGUUCCCAUCAGCGUGGAAAGAGUUUCACAAGAAACGGACACCAUAGGAAUGACAAGAGCAUUAACAAUAAGGAGAGACGUCACAAGUGCCAGCAGUGUGGAAAGAGUUAUGCAUUUAAGAGUAACCUUUGGACACACUUGAAAUCUCACACUGGAGAGAGGCCGCACAAAUGCACACAGUGUGAAAAGAGUUUUGUAUGUGCAAGAAGACUUAAGGAUCAUCUAAGGAUUCACACUGGAGAAAAGCCUUUCACUUGCCCUCAUUGUAAAAUGAGUUUCACAAUGAAGCAACAUCUUCAGAAUCACAUAAGAAUUCACACUGGUGAGAGACCUUACACGUGUCCUCAGUGUGGAAAGAGUUUUGCACAAAAAUCAACCCUUUUGUCUCAUUUAGGGACUCACACUGAAGAGAAACCUUACACCUGCCCCCAGUGUGGAAAGAGUUUCGCACUAAAAGAUAAUCUUAAGAGUCACAUAUUACUUCACAUUGGUCUAAGACCUUACACUUGCCCUCAGUGUGGAAAGGGUUUUGCACGCAAAGAAAACCUAAGGAUUCAUGCAGUGCUUCACACUGGACAGAGACCUUACAUCUGCCCUCAGUGUGGGAACAGUUUUGCGCAAAAAUCACACCUUAGGGCUCACAAAAGGAUUCACACCGGAGAGAAGCCGUACACCUGCCAUCUGUGUGGAAAGAGUUACAAACAGAACGAUCGUCUUAAGUGUCACAUGAGAAAUCACACUGGUGAGAGACCUUACACCUGUCCUCAAUGUGGGAAAAGUUAUAUACUAAAAGAUAAUCUUAAGAUCCACAUAUUAAUUCACACUGGUCAGAGACCUCACAUCUGUCCUCAGUGUGGAAAGAGUUUUGCACGUAAAGAAAACCUUAGGACUCACGAAAGGAUUCACACUGGAGAAAAGCCUUUCAUCUGUCCUCAGUGUGGAAAGGGUUUUGCACAAAAAUCAAACUUUAGGACUCAUGAAAAGAUUCACAACGGAGAAAAACCAUACACAUGUUCACAUUGCGGAAAGAAGUUCUUGAGUUCAUAUGAAUGGAAAAGACACGAGAGAGUCCAUACUGGGGAAAAACCAUACACGUGUUCAUAUUGCGGAAAGAGUUUCUCUGCUUUAAGUUACUGUAAGAUACACGAAAGAAGUCAUACUGGAGAGAAGCCACAUCACUGUCCUCUAUGUGGAAAGAGUUUCACUUCAACAAGUAGUGUAACAAGACAUACAAAAUCGUGUGGAAAGCAGUCACAAACCCUCGGCCAUACGAUUAAUAUCCCCUAACACCUGUGCACUUUCAUUUACAGUAGGUGCACCUCCAUGUACAUAUACUUUACCCAACCCAAUAAACAAAACCCUUUAUUCAUCACCA